UUCCGUCGUUGUAACUUGGGGAAGUCCCGUGCUUUCGCCGUUGCCAAAACGGGAUUAUUCCCAAAAGUCGUAAGAAGUGAGUGAAAUUUGCCGCGACUUUGAUGGCAGAGUAAAAGUUUACGACCAGCCUAAAAACUUUGGACUCGAAAGUGAUCUGUGAAAAAGCUUAAGUACCAAGAACUGAAAUCCAAAAGUGUUGAAUGAAACAUAUCCCUCGGCUUUGUUAACUGGAUGGCUUUGACAUUGGCGCCACAUUUGCAUCCUGGCAGGUGUAAAUAUUCAUUUCUCUAGCUGGCAAAGUUGCUGCCUGCUUUUAGCAUAAUUAAGCGCAUCGCCACGCCCCCACCGGCCGCCCCCAUUAUUCACAAAGAACUACGGAAGGACAAAAAACUUGGCCAGAGCCUUGAAACUUUGAAGAGCAGCCGCCAGUCAAAGCAGCUUUAAGGUCCUGUUUUGUGUUGCCCUCCUCACAGGAUCCGACGAGCAGGCGAACUGCAUGGAUAUCCCAGCAUGUAACCACCUGAUGUGGAUCAAAGCGGAGCGAUGAGGCGUCGGACGUUUUCCACCGCCGCAGCAUGUCCUUGUCGGAACGGAACACACCCAGCCAUGGGCAGGGAGCGGGGGCAGGAGGGGGGUCAGGCGGAUCGGGCGGUACGCACCGCCAGCGACCGCCGGACGUGGAGGAGGCUCUGUCCUCCAUGCUGUGGACCCCCUACGAGCGCACGCCCCUGCCCAGCUCCUCGGAGGAGGAGGCCGAGGAGGAGGACGAUGACGAGCGGCUCAACCGGCAGCUACGCAAGUCGCACAGCAGCUACGAGGCCUCGGCCUUGAACCACCCCCACCACGCCCAUGCCCUCCCCCUUUUCGCCCACCACCACCACCAGCCAACCCUGGACAGCGGUUCGCCCCUGCUCCUGCCCCCCGUGCCUUCGUUUCCCCCAUUUAGUUUAAGCGCCUUCGAUGCGGCCAUCGCUGGCUUCGAUCACCUGGCCAAGGUGGGCUUCUCCUCGAGCGGAGUGGGCAGGCGGAACCGCUACUCCUUCCCCGCCUACCAGGGCAGCCCCUCCCGCACCCUGACCCAGUGGUGCUCCUCGGCCGCCACUUCGAUCAAGGAGCCACCCUCCUACGAGUCUCUGUACACCGUCUCCAGCUCAAAGGUUGGAGCUACUCCUCCUCCCGCAUCAUCACUGAUUCUCAAAUCCAGUGGGGAAGUGGUAGGGGGUUCCGAACCAUGUGAUAGAUCGCAACGAUCGCCAACAAAAGCAGCAGCAGAGGGUCAGGAUCGGGAUGAGACCAGAUCCAAGGCUGCUCCACUAACGGCUAAUGUUCCCGCUGGAUUGGGUCUAAGGCGCUCCUUCACGGAUGACUACAUUUCGCAGAAUUGCGCUCCAUUCACGCCAGCAACUGUAUUGCAGCACGGCAGCAACACUGAGACAACAACGGCAACGGAAACACAAAGCCCAGCAACGAAUGCGAGAUCACAACAAAGCGAAGAAAACCCAGGCAGCAGCGCAGCGAAUUGCAUUAUCAAUGAACAGAUUGCAACUGCAGCAGCAACACCAACAGCAGCAACAGCAGCAGCAGCAACAGCAGCGGCAGCGGCAACAUCGGGAGGGAAUGAGGAAACCAGCUCAGUGGCAGUGCAGGUCACUCAACCUGUUUCCUGUGCCGCCAGAGAGCGAAGAGAGCCGCUGAGAGCCAGCAACACGCCAUCAGCAGCAGCAGCAGCAGCAGCAGCAACGCGAGCAGGCAGCAACACGAGCCACGCGAGCAACACCAGCGACGGCAGCAACAUCGGCGGCGAGAGCUCGGCGAUCAGUCUCUCGGCAACUUUCGGCGGGCCAACAACGAACGCGAGCAGCAGCAGCAGCAACCGGAAUUGCUACUACGCAGGUAGCAGCAACUAUCGCCCACUGUACGACAGCAGCAACAGUAGCAGCGUGCUGCGACCCAACAAAUGUUUGGCAGAACUCGAGCGUCUCUAUGCCGAAUUUCGCGCGAGUGAAAGCAGAUUCGAGCGCGGUCUGAGCCAGUUGGACAUUGAAAACGCCAACGAAAUGCGUCUGAAUGUGCCAGCCACUGCGGCAGCAGCAACUGUUGCAAGUAGCAAUACCAGUAGCAGCAGCAGUAGUGUUUUCCUCAAUGUGUCCGGCAGCAGCAGCACCGACAGCGGCGACAAUCAAGCCGUAGACGAGGCCAAGACCAUCAGCAACAUUGCGGUGCUGCCAGCAGCAGCAACAGCGACUUCCAAGUCCUGCCAGCGACAGCCGAGCCUAACGAUCCAGGUGAACAACAACGGCAACACUAACGGUAACAAUAACGGCAAUCGCGUCUCGGUGGCUUCGCCCACGAGCAUCGUCAACAACAACAACGGCGUGUGCGUUGUCAACUGCAGCUACACCCCCAGCAGCAGCAACAACAGCAACUCAAGCAACACCAGCAACACGAGCAACAACAAUAGCGUGGUUGAAAUCAAUAAUUGUGUGCCAGCAGCCAAAGUGUUUAGUGCAAGUGUUCAAAAUAAGCUAAAUAAUAAUAUUAGCCCCCCGAGCGGGGAACAGCAACAUGUUGCUGCUAACACGGCCAGCAAUAAUAAUCAUGUGCAGCCAGAUAACAGUGUGAAUAUAAUCAAUGUGAAUGCCAGCAAUAGCAACAGCAACAGCAGCAGCAACAAUAAUAAUAAUAAUAAUAGCAGCCACCCACGCACCUUCACCUCAACGGAAUGCCAAACGGAUGACCUGACAGCCAGUACAUCAUCAUCAUCAGCCAACCUGCAACAACAGCAGCAGCAACAGCAGCAACAUAUCCGGACACGCGAGCAACGCCGCAAGGAGCGAAGGGAACGUCGGCAGCAGCAGCAGCAACAACAGCAAUUUCCGCAGCCCCACCACCCGCGACGCCAUCCGCCUCCACCUCCUCCGCCCCAACUGCACCCACCACCCCAUCUGCACCACCCACAUCCCCACCCACUGCCCCAUCCCCAUCCCGCCGCCAUGGGAUUGGCCCGCGCCCUGCUGCCGGACAUCCUGCACGCCCACUACCCGCCGCCCUACACCGCCCUCUCCGUUCCCGUGCCCCUGACCGCUGCUGCCCCGCCCCCACCGCCUCCGCCGGCUGCUGUUGCAACGGCGGCACAGGGGCAGCAGCCACAUGCUGCUUCACAGGCGCCUCCGCCGGCGCUGACGUCCGUGAUAUCGACGGUGCCACUGCCGGGUCCGCUGCCAGCGCCCCUCAUGAACGACGGACGCUUCACGCUGCCGCUGCCCAUCAUGCGCAGAUCCCCCUCGGAGAGAUCGGGAAAAGGCUGCUGCGGCCAGUGGUUCGCUGGACCGCCGCUGCGCGCCCUCAUCGCCGUCGUCGCCCUGGGGGGCGUGGCCUGCGCCCUCGGCGGAGCGGCCUUGGGCGCCACGGGCCUCGCCGGACCGCCCAACUCCCACCUCACGGCCGCCCUGCUAAUGAUUGGAGUUGGCGUCGUUUUGGUGACGGUGAGUGGCGCCGCCUGGCGGAUGACGGCGCCGGGUGGCCAGAGCUGCCUGGGAAUCGGCCUGGGCACCAGCGUGGACCUCGGGCGGUGCGGCCGGAGGCCCUGCAGCCGGGGCGGGGGAGCCCCGCACGGACUGCUCUAUCCGGAGUUCCAGCACCGCCCACCGCCGCCCUCGUACCAGGCCAGCAUGCAGGAGUACCGGCUGAGACUUUUGCUGUUGGACCGCGAUCGCCAGAACGGCGUGGUGCGUGGAAAUUCGCCGCCGCCCACUUAUCGAUCUCAUGCGGGCAGCCUGCUGAGGGCUCCACUGACCACCCUGCGAUCCGGAAUGGGAGGAGGAGGAGGCGGUGCCGGAGGAACCAUCAGCAGCAGCAUGGGCGGAUCGGAGUACAGUUUGCCGCCCAGCUACCGCUCGAGAAACGCCACUCCCGCCAGCCUCGUGUGCAGUGAGCGGAACAUCGAGACGGCUCCGUCCGGAAGGCUGCUGGCCAACGAGGAUCUGCAGCUGCCGGAGCCGUCGGUGGUGGAGCAAUUGCCGGACUACACGGCGCUGCAGUCGAACACCUUGCUCACCUCGGCCAUCGUGGAGAUAGAGUCCUCCAAUCGGGCACCGGAAAGGGAGUCUAUCGGAGGCGGAGCUGCGGCCACGAGCAAAAGCAAGGACCUGGUGACCAUAGUGACCAUCUCCCAGUCGCCCGGCAGCACGGCCCACAGCCAAACGCAAACCCAAACGCAAAACCCAGCUGGCCAGGCCAGCGCCCUCGAUCAGAUCGAUAUAUUGGCGCAUCUGUAGCGAUCGAACCAUAGAACCAUCGGUUGGAUUCUACGGACGACAAACACUCGUUAACCCAAAGGUAUUUAUUUGUACGGAACUCAAGCUGCUCCUAAAUGAAUGUAAUGUAACCCCUAUCUGUAAUCCGUAACUUGUAAUCUGUAAUCUUGUAAUCGGUAACCUGUAUCUGUAAGCGGCGUUAGCUUAUAAGAUGUUUGUUGUACUUGAAUGUGUUGAAUUUAUUUUUGUAAGCAUUAAGCAGAUGCGCAGCGUAGUUAUUACGAAUUCUAGAUACUUGCAAUUUAUACAUAUACGCCUCUACCCAUUGAAGUAUUAAAGUAUCCAAAAAAAAUAUGAACAAAUGAAAACAUGUUAAAAUCGAGAAACUCUGAGCUCAGCCCAACUAUCGAAUUGUAAAUACGAAAUUUCGAACGCAUUUCUAGCAACUAAACUAAACUCUAAACCAGGCCAGAAACGAAGAAGAGGAUGAGCAAAAACUAAGUAUAUAGUGUAUGUGUAGGUAUGAGUAUCCCCGGGAUAUAACCAUACAUAACUCGCAACGGAACGCUACGGUGACAAAUUUGGCGCGCACUUUCGGAAACCACGAAUAUCCAACUGAAUACUGAACUUCGAUGUCGAUUUCGAUUUCUGAAUGCGUUUCGCACAAAAACAAAAAAUAGGUAGACCUACCCCUAAUGAUAUGUAAGCUACGACACACACACACACACAGAACACACACUCGAGAACUAACUUAAAGUCCUUUACCGUAAUGUGCAAGGCGACGUAAACUAAACAUGAGAAAUAAAACCCAACAAAUCGUUGAAAAAUGCCACAAAA